UAAGAUUAAAAUCUAAGAUAAGAUAAAAGCAACGUUUAUCAUUUCUCUUAGUAGACAAAUUACAUUAAAAAACUAUAAAACCAAUUUUUAUUAUUCUAUAAGUGCAAUUUGAUGACAAUUUAUUAUGUGGAAAUUUUAGUAAAUUCAUUCCACAAUGCAAUUACAAUACAUAAAUGAAGAUAACCUUAAAAGAUUUUAAGAAAAAUAAUUUACUUCUUAAUUAAUGGCAUGUACAUAUAUUGUUAGUAUUAAAAUAUUGCAAAAUGAUGAGAAAACAAAGAUUCUUUUUAAAUUUAACAAAAAAUAAGAAGAUUACUGUCUUUUUUGAGAAAUGUUUCUCAGAUGCUACUGCACCUAAUAACAAUGAGAAAACAACACAUUUCGGAUAUAAAACCGUCAAAGAAGAUGAUAAAGUAAAAGAAGUAUAUACAGUUUUUGAGAAAGUAGCGAACUCUUAUGAUAAAAUGAAUGAUGCUAUGAGUUUCGGAAUUCAUCGUAUUUGGAAAGAUAUAUUCAUUCAAAGGCUUGGACCAACUCAUGGUAGCAAAUUAUUAGACUCAGCCGGUGGCACAGGUGAUAUUACAUUUCGAUAUUUAAAUUAUUUAAAGAAUAUUCCUAAUCACCAAGGUGUAAAGAGUUCUGUGACAGUUUGUGAUAUAAAUGAGAAUAUGUUAGAAGUUGGUAAAGUAAGAGCAAAAAAAUUAGGAUGGGUAGAUCAAAAUGAUUUUGAUAUUGAAUGGAUGCAAUGUGAUGCAGAAAAACUUCCCUUUGAAGAUGAUUCAUAUGAUGCUUAUACAAUAGCUUUUGGAAUAAGAAAUGUAACACAUAUUGAAAAGGUACUUUCUGAAGCAUAUAGGGUACUUACACCAGGUGGUUGUUUCAUGUGUUUAGAAUUCAGUCAUGUAGAUAAUAAUAUUCUGAAAUGGUUCUAUGAUCAAUAUUCAUUUCAAAUAAUACCUGUGUUGGGUACACUCAUAGCAGGAGAAUGGCAACCCUAUCAAUAUCUUGUUGAGAGUAUUAGAAAAUUCCCAAAACAAGAAGAAUUUAAACAACUGAUUGAAGCAGCAGGUUUCAGAAAUGUAACACAUGAAAAUUUAACUUGUGGAGUAGUAGCUAUUCAUUCAGGUUUUAAAUUGUAAUAAAUAGUGUUAUUUAAUUGUAUUAAAUAAUAAAUUUCUUAUAUUCUUUAUUGUAUCAAAAAAUUUAGUAUAGAUAAAAUAAAUUAUUAUAUUGUUACAUUUAUUA